ACCGUGUAGUCGCUCCUGCUCCGUGGACCGCCCCGGUUGUGGACAGGUGAUAGUUCAAAAAUCCUGUUUGUGCGGUGGUGACCGGCUUUAUUUUAAGCUUUGGAACCAACUCGCUUCAUGAGGAACCGAACGACGGCAGCACCGAGACGCGUUCAGCGUCCUCCUGAAAUGUGCGUUAUUGGUCCUUCGACGACGCCUCGCUUUGUCUCGACGUCCUCUGUUGUCCAUGUUCCAACGACUCUGGUUCGGAAACGAUAACAGCAGCGACGAGGAGGAGCGUCUCCUAGUUUUUAUUGCCGAGGAGGACAGACAGAGGCGGAAACACGGAGACACACGGACCACAGACAACAUGUUUGACACCAGAGGGAUCGCGUUUAUCCUCCUCGACAUAGCAUGUCUCGUCCUAGCUGGACUCCCCUUUGCAAUACUCAAUGUGCAACACAAGCCUUUCCGCCGAGGCUUUUUCUGUAAUGACGAUUCAAUCAAGUACCCCUUUAAAGAAGACACCAUUACCUAUCAGUUGUUAGGGGGUGUUAUGAUUCCCAUCACAAUACUCACUAUGAUUUUUGGCGAGUGCAUUUCAGUUUAUCUACAGCGCAUCGGGUCAAAGUCCUCUUUUGGCAGCUAUGUCGCCCGCGUUUACAAAGCCGUGGGUACCUUCCUGUUCGGCGCGGCGAUGAGCCAGUCUUUGACUGACAUCGCCAAGUAUUCUAUCGGCCGCCUCAGGCCGCACUUUCUGGAUGUGUGCAAACCUGACUGGAAGCAAAUCAACUGUUCAACAGGAAAUUAUAUCGAAGACUUCACCUGCACUGGAGAUGCAACAAUGGUCAACGAGGGCAGGCUGUCCUUCUACUCGGGCCACUCCUCUUUUUCCAUGUACUGCAUGCUCUUCCUGGCUCUUUACCUGCAGGCUAGAUUCCAGACUGAAUGGGCACGGCUGCUCAGACCCACAAUCCAGUUUUUCCUGAUUGCUGCAUCGGUAUACACAGGAUUAUCCCGGGUGUCGGAUUAUAAACAUCACUGGAGUGACGUGUUGACAGGACUGCUGCAGGGUGCCAUCAUGGCUCUCCUGGUGGUCUUCUUUGUAUCAGACUUUUUCAAGAAACUUGUGGAUUCCCGUCAAGAGGUGGACGUGCCUCACAUGGCCCUCCAGGAGACCUCCACAAACAGAAACCACUCUGACAAUGCCAGCUAAGCUAACGGACCCGCACGGGUCCCUUGGCUCUGUGCGAGCGCACACUCAGCUACCUAGCCUUUCAUCUAACAAACAACGCCCCCUUUAAUCACCCCGCAUGGAUUUACAGCGUGGAGCUUUCUUGUAAAGACACUUCAUCAUUCUUUAUUCCUCAAGUAAAGCGCACAAGUCGGCACUAAUGUUCUCAUCAACUAUGUAGGAAGCUACACCUCAGCCUGGUUUGCAUUUGGCAUCUCCUCCACGCGUUCACUUUCUUGGAGAAACACGGCCAGAUGAGUUCAAACCCGUCUAUAAGCGGCCGAUACGGAUGAGGCUAGGAGCUUUAGGAUAAGAACCGCACCACGUCUCUGCUGUGGGACGUUUGACUGCAUGCACCGACUAAAAGGGCCCGACCACUGCUGGGGGGAGAGACGAGCUUCAGAAACCUGUGAAUA